AGCCAUUGGGCGCGCUCAGGUUGGCCGCUGCGAGCGUGGGGCGAGCGUGGGCCGCGGUGCGGCGGUGCGACUCCUUUCUCGGCCCUUCUCCCCGCCCCAGGCGAGGGCACCGUGUGGCGGCGGCGGGGCCAGCGAGGCCGGAGGAGGCGGCUGUGCCCGGGCAUGGUGGUCUGGGGCAACGCGGAAGGUGGAGGAGUUACUGAUGGCCAUGGAGAAGGUAAAACAGGAGCUGGAGUCCAUGAAGGCGACGCUGUCCUGCACUCAGCAGUCACUGGCAGAGAAGGAAACUCAUGUGACCAACCUUCGGGCCGAGAGAAGAAAACACUUAGAGGAAGUUCUGGAGAUGAACACAUGCAAAUGACAGUCCAGGCUCUCCAGGAUGAAUUGCGGAUCCAGAGGGACCUGAACCAGCUGUUUGAACAGGAUAGUAACAGUAGGACUGGUGAGCCUUGCGUGGCAGAGCUGACGGAGGAGAACUUUCAGAGGCUGCACACUGAGCAUGAGCGGCAGGCCAAGGAGCUGUUCCUCCUUCGAAAGACUCUGGAGGAGAUGGAGCUGCGGAUUGAGACUCAGAAGCAAACCCUGAACGCUCGGGACGAAUACAAGAAGCUUCUGGAGAUGUUGCAGAGCAAGGGGCUUUCUGCUAAGGCUACUGAGGAGGACCAUGAGAGAACAAGGAGACUGGCAGAGGCAGAGAUGCAUGUCCACCACCUCAAAAGCCCUUUGGAGCAGAAGGAAAAAGAGAACACUCUGUUGAGAGAGGAGAUGCAUCGGAGAUUUGAGAAUGCCCCUGAUUCUGCCAAAACUAAAGCUCUGCAAACUGUUAUCGAAAUGAAGGAUUCAAAAAUUUCCUCUAUGGAGCGUGGGCUCCGAGACUUGGAAGAGGAGAUUCAGAUGCUGAAAUCGAACGGGGCUUUGAGUACUGAAGAACGAGAGGAAGAAAUGAGGCAAAUGGAGGUCUAUCGGAGCCAUUCUAAAUUUAUGAAAAACAAGGUCAUGAUUGGUCAGGUGAAGCAGGAGCUGUCCAGAAAGGACACAGAACUACUAGCCCUACAGACAAAGCUAGAAACACUCACCAACCAGUUCUCAGACAGCAAGCAACACACUGAAGUGCUGAAGGAGUCCUUGACUGCUAAGGAGCCUCGAGGGCUGCCAUCCUGCAGAACGAGGAGAAUCUUGGUACCAGGACCGCAGAAUGAAGAACUUGGAGUCCCCGUGGCUAAUCCAGCGGAGGGAAAAGGAGAAACACAGACGGGAGAGAAAAUAAAGGGAACCCUUGGUGCUGCUGCAGGCCCAAGUCCAGACUCGCAGGCUUUCUGGACCUCUGAGGAACAGAAGCACUUCACAGAACCUCUGCUACAGAACCAAACAUAUUGAAAUGACUCUUUACGAAGAUAUUGAAACAACAGAAAAAGAAGACAUGACGAUUGUUUCUCCUGAGGGUUCAGUUACCUAGGGGGCCUUUAGCAAACUUUGAUUGAUACAUCUAACCCUUCCUUCCUUGGCAAUAGUUGAUCACACUGUGAGGAAAACAAAUUAGAGAAUGGAAAAAAUAAUAUUUGGAUUUCAACGAAAUAAUAAAAAUGCAGGGAGUAUCUUUGACUUUUGCAAGGUGAGAAGAGAGUUUACAUUUUGAUUAUUUGAUGGCAGGAAUCCCUUUUAAAACAGGGCCAGUCUGCAUGAUGCAUUGAAAAAUCAACCUUUUCAAAUAUAGCCAUAACCCCCACAAGAUUUCUUGAUUCCUCUGGGGUCAGAUAAACCAUCACAUUUCACAGUGGUGCCCUGUACAUGAAAGUGAUAAACAUAAUCUGGAAGCACAGCAGUGGCUAAAAAUAUGGAGCUGGCAGCCAUUCGCUGAAAUGAUUUUUUGCUUUUAAUUCAUUGCAUAAAAUGCUCAUGUCCAAAUUCAGGCAGGUAGAUCUUACCAACCAUCAAGAGCUUCAACCCUGCUAACAGUUAAGUAUGCACUUUUAAACCCUACUUUGACUGCUCCAGAAACUUACUGGGUUUCUUCAGUGCCUCUGUUACUAUUUCCUUUGUGUCAUUUUGUUUUUCUUUCAAAACAUAGCUGUGUGACCUUGGGGAAGUUAUAUUAUUUCCUUGAGACUUGGUUGCCUUCUCUGUGAAUAUCUGGGUAUAAUUUUAGUAUUGCCCAAUAGAAUUUUCAGUGAUAAUGAAAAUAUUCUACAUCUGUACCGUGCAAUGCAGUACUCAAUAGCUACAUGGAGCUAAUAAACAUCUUUGAAAUAUGGCAAAUGCAACUGAGGAACUGAAUUUUUAAUCUUAUUUUUAAAUUUGUUUAAAUAUAAAUAAUGCCACGUGGCUAGCAUCUGUUGACAGUACAGAUCUACACAAUAUUUUAAGGACACUUUCCACUCAAAAACUCUACCAUUCAUUAACUCAGCCUAAAUAUUUUUGCCCUCUGACAAACAGAAAAUAAUUUAUGCUUCCCUUGAAAUUAUCUGUCAAGACCUUUAUCAGUUUGGGGUCAUUCUAUUCUUAAAAUUGACUUUGCUUUAUGAAACUUUAAUAAUGUUGGAGUUUCCUGCCCUUGGUACCACCUUUGUGAUGAUGGGAAAUAUUGUGGAUGAUCAAGGACCAUUUCAAGAGAUCAUGGAGAGAAACCUCCUCCUGGAUUUAAUUUCAUGAUGAGGAUGUCAAAAUGCUGAAUUACUUAAAAUAAAACCCAUACCGUUUUUAUGCUAAGUUAUAUUCUACAUGUAGCUGGAAAAAUGUUAAAAAUAUUUUUAAAGAACUGCACAUCUAUUUUUGAAGCUGAUUUGGCUGUUCAAGGCUUGCUAGCACUUCAUCCAUCUCAGUACUAUUUCACUUCGUAAACAAAUGCAGUUGCCAUAAUUGCUGCAUAUGUGUCUGUGUGUGUUCCCUUCUAGGUGAUAUGUUUUUGAAGUUGGAAACUAUACUUAUAUCACAGCCCCUAUGUAGAGCACAAUAUCCAUUGCUAAUUCAGAUUGUGUUUUAAGAUAUGAGACAGAAUUUAAGACUUUUAUUAUAGUCAUAAACAUCUAGCAAACCAACCAGAAAAUAAAAGCUAAUUUUCAAUUGGUUGGCCAAGAACAAAAAAGAGAGGAAUACCUAGUGCAAAACCGUAUCUCUAAUAACUACUGUUGGAUUUAGAGCACACACAUGCUAAUAAACUUAUUUUAAAAUAACUUCUUAUCAAAGAUUUGAGGUUGGACCUGAAAAAUUAUAUCAGAAGUGAAAGUAAUCAUGUGGUCUGACCAGCCUGGAUCACACAAAGUAAGUGUAUACUAUAUAUAAAAUAGAUAAAACUACGAGGUCCUACUGUAUAGCGCAGGCAACUAUAUUCAGUACCUUGUAAUAACCUAUAAUGGAAAAGGAUCUGAAAAAGAAAUACAUAUAUCUGAAUCACUUGGCUGUACACCUGAAACAACAUUGUCAAUCAACUAUACUUCAAGUAAAACAAAACAAAACAAAGUAAGUGUAAAGGGAAGUAUAGUUUUAUAAAUUCACCUCUGAUAUCCAAUGGACCAACUGAAAGACAACAGAAACUACCACUUUCUAGGAGACAGGACACGGCCAGCAAACUAGGCCGUUACCCUCGGUAACGGUCAUACCUGCCAAAAAAUAGACAGACUAGCCUGCAUUCAUGAAUACAUAGGAAUUCUUCAUUUAUCUGGCAUUAUCAGGCAAUGAGGUAUUGUAUGUUAGGAGAAGUUUUUUUUAAAUGACGAAUUUAAGAGGAGUUAUUUUAACCUUCACUCGGUAAUUUUUUUCUAAAAUUAAGAAAUGUAUCCACUGGUGUAUCUAAUAUUUCCUUGAUAACUCGGGGUCAUCAGUUCAAUCAACAUUUGCAUGAAUAAUGCGAAUGGAAGCAAGACAGGCAUGCUUACUGAAACUGAAAAUGACAUAGCACUGGCUGGAAUAACUGAUGAGACAGCAAGAAAAAAACAAAAAUGAAAACAAACCGUGCUCAA